AUGGCCAAUCUCACUUCAUCUCUGCCAGGGUCACUGCUGACUUCGGCGCCGACAUGGUUGGGAGGCUCCGGGAACGCCACGCUUUUCUCAACCGAAAAGGGACUAUCAUGGGUUCCUAUCGUGGUCAUUGAUACUGCUGGCGCUGUGGGAAAGGCCCUGGCGAGCGUCGACUGGUCCUACCUGGCCGGCCGAGCGACUUUGCUCGCUUCUAUCAUUCUUUCGACUGGCAUCGCCUAUCUACUCUCUUUGGCGGUGUACAGAAUAUUUUUCCAUCCUUUGGCGAAAUACCCCGGCCCUUUUUGGGCCAAGGUCAGCACUUUAUACGGUGCUUGGCAUGCUUGGAGAGGAGAUCUGCAUAUUGACAUGUGGCACUGCCACGAGAAAUAUGGCGACUACGUCCGUUACGGUCCGAAUAGGCUGCUUGUCAACACUGCGGACGGGCUGAAAGAUAUCUACGGUAGCACUAAACAGAUCCAAAAGUCCGCCGGCUACAACAGCAUGGUCCAUCGGGUACCCAACACCUUUACCGAAAUCAACAGAGCAGUGCACGAGCGUAAGCGACGGAUCGUGGCUCAUGGUUUCUCAGAUGCUGCUCUACGGAGUUACGAGCCUAGAAUUCUGGAAUGUAUUUCUCAGUUCGAAGACGUCCUACUCGAAAACAAGACGCCGGGCAAGGAAUGGACGACUCCACAAAAUAUGUCAGACCUAGCUGGUAACUUUGCAUUCGAUGUUAUGACAUCGCUUAUCUACGGCAUGUCGUAUAAUCUGCAGACGAGCGAGGAGCACAGAUACAUUGUGCCAACCAUUGCAGGCCUCAACGUUCGCACAGGCGUGCUUUCGCAGGAUCCCCAGUUGGCGUGGGGCAAACUCGACCGGCCCUUCUUCAAAGAAGCCAUGAUCUGCCGCAAGUUGUUCCUCCGGUUUGUGUACAAGUUGAUGAAAGACCGGAUGGCGGCGGAGAACAUCACGGGAGACGCGUUUUCGAUUCUACUCAAGGCCAAGGAUCCCAUUACGGGCUCGAAGCUGGACAUGUCGCAACUCAGCGCCGAGAGUGUGAACUUGAUCGUUGCAGGCUCCGAUACCACAGCCACAUCCAUCUCCGUUACCAUGUUCUAUCUCAGUCGAUACCCCGAUUGCUACGCUCGCGUGGCCGAAGAAGUCCGAUCGGUUUUCAAGGAUGCAAGCGAGGUCAAGCUUGGGCCCAAGCUCAACUCAUGUGAAUACAUGAAAGCGUGCAUUACCGAAGCCCUCCGAAUGUCCCCUCCCGUUGGCAGCGCCCUUUGGCGAGAAGUGAUCGGAGCUGGCCACAACAUCGACGGCGAGUUCCUGCCAUCGGGUGUAGAGGUCGGCACGGGAAUAUACAGCAUUCACCACAACCCGAACUAUUACGAGGAGCCUUUUGAGUUCAAGCCGGAGCGGUGGCUGGCCGCAAAGGACUCUCCGGACAGCACUUCGCCUGCACGUGCGGCGUACAAUCCGUUUUCGAUCGGCAUGCGCGGCUGCAUCGGCAAGGCGCUGGCCAUGAACGAGCUCAUGUUGUUUUUCGCCAGUUUGUUUACCAUGGUCGAUUUCCGAACCGCUCAUUGUCAAGAGGCCAGACUGGGUGAAGGCAACCCAGAUGCCGAGUACGGCCGCCACCGGCUGUUUGAAUACCAGAUGCAGGACCACCUGAUUGGCUGCCGAAACGGGCCUAUGCUCGAAUUCCGUUUCAGAGAGCCCGUCGCGGCUUGA